AUGGCUCGACUCCUGGCCCUCAACGCCAAGUUCUGCCUCAAACCACGAUACGAAAAACCCAACCAAGUGCUCUCGCUCUGGAAGGACUUCGCUUGCUCGGUUCGUAUACGCGUUAUCUUUUCUGAAGAGUCUGAUGACGAGGACUUUGUUCCAAAGUUCCAUAUCAAAUCUGAUAAACCUUUCGAUUCAUUACCAGGUUUCCCAGAUGUAGAAGAAGGCCUACGAGUAGGAGGCCGCCUCCUCUCAUCUGCACUCUCGAAAGUCUCUCGCAACGACUGGAUCCCGUCUCUGUCAUCUACCAAGACGCGAACCUUUGACGAACUCAUCCACAACGACGCCUACCUCUUUAAACCAUGCGAUAAGAACCUCGGUAUGAGCAUUCUGCCCACUACCUGGUACAUCGAUGAAUUAAACAUGGCUGAACUCACCUCGGAACUCUGCUCCCUGUUAGCAUCACCCAUCUUUACAAAACAAGCCAGAAAGUUUAUUCUACAUAGUCUCCGGAAACCCUCGAUUCCGGAGUUCUAUAUCCUGCCGAAAGUCCACAAGAACCCCAUUAAAGGUCGGCCGAUCGUUCCGUCUUUUAACUGGAUUACUACAAACCUUAGUAAGUGGUUGGACUAUACCCUCCGCCCUUUCCUCCAGGAAUUCCCUUGGAUUCUCCGUGACUCAAAGCAGUUGCUUCAGCAACUUCCCGCCUUGUCGCUAUCCAAGGACGAUUCCAUAUGGCUACUAACGGCAGACGUCACCUCCUUUUAUAGUUCGCUCCCGAAUGAAACCGGUUGCAAAAUUAUUCGUUGGUUGGCGACUAAGAACGACUACUCCGAUACCGAUGCUGAUACGCUCAGCGAGGCACUCGGAUUCGUUCUCAACAACAACUUUCUAUCAUUCGGCUCCGCUGUCUAUCGACAAGUCUUUGGCACGGCAAUGGGAACCGCAUGUGCCCCUGUAUAUGCAAAUCUGUUCGCCGCCGCUUAUGAAUCACUGACUAUGGACAACAAGCCGACGAGUCUCGUAUACUACGGUCGUUUUCUCGAUGACAUCCUGGUCAUCGUGAAAGGUUCGAACACCGAUGUGGAAAUCGUGAAACGCUUUGUCGACGACUCCCUUGGCGACCUUGAACUCAGUUGGACUGUAAGUCAAACUUCGCUCGCAUUCCUUGACAUUAACCUUCAAGUGAACGCGACUGACUGUUCUGCCCCACGGAUUACUACCUCCGUCUACCAGAAACCCUCCAACGCGUACCAGUACAUACCGUGGUCGUCCUAUCAUCCUCCUAAGGUCAAACUGGCCUUCGUAAAAGGUGAGCUCGUUCGCUACGCACGUACAAGCUCAACAAAAGAAGCUUAUCUAAACGUUUCUUCCUUGUUCUACCAACGCCUCCGAUCUAGAGGAUACCCGAUAGGCUGGCUACGCUUUGCGUUUCGCACCGUUAAAUGGAAGGAUCGACAACAGCUCUUGACCGAUCGGGUCAAGACUGCUCUGUCGCCUAAACCGCCGUUAGUCUUUCAUGCUGCUUAUAACCCCAUCUGGAAUAAGAUCCGCAUGAAACGAAGCUUCGACGCUCUUCUGGGCGUCUGUUCUAACCAAAGCCGAUUCCGUUUUCUAGGAAAACAACCUCGGCCGAUCAUGUGUUUCCAUCGUGCGAACUACCUCGCUUCUGCAGGCGACACCAACGAUCGGUGCCACGCUGCUCGCUCCACCUUUACUGGAUCGAUCGACGGCGACGGCCUUUGUCCUCUAUUGAGGAGGAGCCGACCACCGAACACCGCGGCCUCUAGCGCGAACGACCGAGUCGGGUGUAGGCGAAAACGAUCUGUUGCGGCCUACAACCGACGACGAGUCCUCUCGCUGACCCGCGGCGCUCGAUACACAUGUCUUACCUGCCUACAAACCAGGACUAUCAGCACCGGUUACCCUGGAGGACUUCUAGCUGCUCUUUUAGAGAACAGAUCUAGAUGCUCUACUAUAGAUAAACCUGUACCUAAGCAUACAUCCCCUCAUUUUUUUUGUAGAUAUUAUUACAUAGAUCAAAUAAAUGACUUAGAAGCAUAUUCAAUUCAAAUGGAACUUAGUUCUAUUUUAAUUCAAUACUGCACAAACUCAAACUCUAUCCGAAAAAAGAUCAUCACACUUAGAUUUUCUUUGCUCUCUUUAACAACAAUCCUAACCCUCUACCUAAGUUCGGAAUCACUCUCAAUACACUCGGCUUCACAUCGCGUUCGGCUUCGCUACCUUGUUCCGAUCAUCCUGCCAUCCCCCUUAGAUCGCUGUCUUAUAUUCUUAUUACACUAUCUGUCGGUCGCUAUUGAUCGCAACAAACCUCCCUGCCAACCCGAUCCAGUCUUCCACUCGACUCCCCCAGCCAUCCCCUCAACCUCGUUCACCGAUAAAAGAGUCCGCGCCCAGAUAUUGAGGCUUCGAUCGGACCGCCGAUUAUCAGCCGCGCUCAACUUUAAAGUCGCUCUGCCGUCUUUAAUCCUGUUGACCCCGCUGUGUUUCUUCGGACAAACCAAUUCGAUAAGGAGCAUAACUAAAACGUUUGCUUACACUACAACCUUUGUCAGGGUUCUCUCCGUCUUCUUUUCAGAAGCACGUCGACGUUCCGAGCCUUACUACCGUUGCCGUGUCAGCCCUGAAACAUCGUAUUCUUGUUAG